AUGGAAAAUACAUCAAAUAACAUCUCAUUUCUCUUAGUUACAGAAGCAAUAAAGAACUUAAGAAAUGAAUAUGAAGGCAUGAAUGACAGAAAUUUACACGUAGAAUCAGAUAUUUUCAAUUUGGGAAGAAAACCAGGCUUUGCAAUAGCAGCAUUUAUGUGCCUUGAUAACAUAAAUGUACAAAAUGAAACUGAAGCGGCGAGGUUCAUUGCAGAAAUACUAUCAAAUAAAAUCCUUGGAACAAAAGCGAAAGCAGAACUUAGAGACAGUAAUAUCAUUCUCACAUUUAAGACACUACCACAAAUUUUAAUGUCUCUUACGUCUGCAAAUGGAAUGUUCUCAGAAGAACAAUUAUUCUGGUUCAAAUGCUAUUCAAACUUCAUUGCCGGCGUAUUUUCAGGAGCUCUCAAUCACUUCGGCUACAGAGCAUCAACAACAAUCGAUCAUCCAUGCAAUAAUGACUUAAAAAUGAUUUUCAAACUUGAAAAGCUUGAAGGAGCUUGGGAGUUCUUCUCAGGAAAUCAUUAA